CUGGUUACUGUUUACUGUUUGUGAUAUCAAUAUGAACAUUUAUCAAAAGCACAGAAAUAUACAUGUGACUUCAAUACACUUUGUAAUUGUUUGUAAGAUUGUAGGAAGAAAGGAUAAAAAUAGCCUAAUCAUUAGCGUGUCCCCGCUGUACAGGUAGUGAUAUAUAUAUAUAUAUAUAUAUCACUACUAUCAUGUAUAUAUAUGCAGAAACAUGUCGGCUGGUACAGCCGUGCAGGAGUGCUCACUGGGCCUGCUUACCCUGGGAUGCAAAUCUAAGGCGGAGUACCUAUCUGGAGGUUCCAUUAUUUCGGAUUACCUGUUGUCACCGAAUGCUGCUGUCAUUGAACGACUCUUUGAUAAUUUUUAAUGCGUUAAAUGGAUUAUAGGUCAUCAUAAGAGUGCAAAUAGCUGGGAUUUAGCUUGCCUGGUGGGGUACGAACGUAGAGACAAAUCACGGCCCUAGCACCCCAUAUCACGAGCUCAAGGAUGAGAGUCAAGGCUUUUCACAUGUUCAUGAUCGGGAUGGUGCUAGUGUUCCCGUACGUGGUGGGAUACAGCGUUACCAGAGUAACGAAACUCAAACGAGAUAUAGAGGCCUUUCAUGCCCUUUUUACAUACCAAGGCAAUCCAAUGUUUGAGAAUGGCGACCAAACAAUCAUGGGUUUCAAAGAUCCAGAUUUAUUUAAAAAAGAUCGGAGAGAUAGUUUGUUCUUUUCUGUUGGUAACGAAGACAAAAAUUGUGAACCAAUAGAUUUGCAUGUAAACUCAGAUUUAAAAGAUUCGUCUACUUGUCCUUGGUAUACGAAGUUAAAUUAUGAUGAAAAUAGAAUACCGACUAAAAUCUUGGUGGCUGAGUGUCGCUGUGUAGCCUGUACCGAGGGAUGCUGUAAGCCGCUCAUUCUAAACCUCCCAGUAACAAGAUUGUACAGAGACAAAUACGUCCCUACGAUAGAACCUGUAAGUGUCGCGUGCUUAUGUCAACACAUGACUAGCGCCGACAAAAAAAUCAACUGUGGAGCUGGAAGAAUGCACAAACCUACUUACAACAAAACAUUGAAGCACAGAAAGAAAAUGCGAAGAACGCUUCAACUAAGAAGACAGAAAAUUAAAAAGAAAAGAAAGAAUGUUACAAUUGAGAAAAAAAGACAGCUGAUAUGGUGGCGAUACAAAAACUGCUCGUAUUACCGGUACUGUAAAUUGUGACAGGCACUGAGACGAGUCGUCAAGCCUUUGAACUGUGUGUGAAUAACUAACCGAGUCGUCCAGCCAUUAUAAAACAUGAAAUGUAUUGUCUGAAUGGGCCGAUGGUAUAGACGAUUUAUAUGUGUCAUCAACUGUGAAAUAAACUUCGUGAAACCGAAUCAUCCAACCGAUUUAUUGGUGUUAUGAAUUGUGAAGUGGAUUUUGUGAACAGCCGAAUCGUCCAGCUGUUUUAUAAACUAUGGAAUAUAUGCUCCCCGUGUAUGUAAAACCAAGUCGUCCAAUUGAAGUUUCAGGAAGUAGUCUUCUUUUAUGAAUGCACUUGUCGUUUUCCGUCACACAAAAAUGAAUCGAAUAUUUAUUAAUAUUUUGUAGAGCGGAUAUCUUCAUUGUGGAAGGAGUGGACGUUUUUAUUGAAUGAAUAUACCACUUUCCACGACAAGCAUUAUAAACUACACAGUUGAACCUUUCCAUGGCAUUUACACGCAUUUUUCGAAAAGCUCAACAAAUGCUGUCGAUGACAUACACGCACUGGAUACUGUGUAGAAUCAUUUUGUGAUUCAACGGAUUAUAUGAGGAUAACUCAUUGAUUAUAAAUGCUGAAAACUAUUGUUUUUAAACAUGGUAUUGGAAUGACGAGGAUAAAGAACCAUUCCCUACCUUGAGAAUGAAAUAGAGAAAUCUCCAACCAUCGGGGUGAUUAUUUGGUUGUAUAACCCUCGGCUUAUUAGUUCUUUCUUUAACAUGAAUCAUAAUACCGUUGAAAUUAUUGACAUACUUAAUGCAAAUCUUUUAAUAUCCUCCGAGUGUUAUUUUUAACUACACUGUAUACUAAUCUGUAAAACGCACAUUUUUUUAUUUACGUCAUGUGUUUUGGAAACCGGAUAAUUCCCUUCCAAAUAUGUUUUCUCAUUUAUUGCACCCAUGGCUAAUUGCCAUAGGAUCGAAAAUAUGUAUUCACAA